UUUGAACAGCAAGAGCCCGUCUGCCUUUACUAUAUAAAGCAGCAGAUAUGUUGACGAGCAGAUAUUUGCCGAGUGAGGACUAUACGAAGAGCAGCCUUCUCCACGCCAAGGUUAGACAAAAUGCCAGGAAUGUUCUUCUCUGCUAAUCCAAAGGAAUUAAAAGAAACUGAUCAUUCACUUCUAGAUGAUAAAACGCAUAAAAAGAGGCCAAAGACUUUUAGAAUGGAUGUGAAAGCGUACCUGAGAUCUAUGAUCCCACAUCUGGAACCUGGAAUUAAACCUUCUAAAUCCAAAGACAUCAGACUCUCCAUUAAUGAAGUAAUGCAGUGGUCUCAAUCUCUGGAAAAACUACUUGCAAACCAAAUUGGUCAAGAUGUCUUUGGAAAUUUCCUAAAGUCUGAGUUCAGUGAGGAGAACAUUGAGUUCUGGCUGGCUUGUGAAGACUAUAAAAAAACGGAGUCUGAUCUUUUGCAUUGCAAAGCAGAGAAAAUAUAUAAAGCAUUUGUGCAUUCAGAUGCUGCUAAACAAAUCAACAUUGACUUCCACACUCGAGAAUCUACAGCCAAGAAGAUUAAAGCACCAACCCCCACGUGUUUUGAUGAAGCCCAAAAAAUUAUAUAUACUCUUAUGGAAAAGGACUCCUAUCCCAGGUUUCUCAAAUCGAAUAUGUACUUAAAUCUUCUGAACGAACUUCAGGCUAAUAGUCUAAAGUGAUCAGUUCCUGGCUGGAGAGAACUGAAGAUUGUAUCAAGGACAGAGGAAUGUGCCAGUUACCGCCCCCUGGGUGAACAACCUGGCCCUUUUGAGUGACUCCACAGGCCCAGGGGAAGAGCAAAUAACUCGAAAUGGAUUAACAUGGAAGUUAUCCAGCCUAAGGGUUGAAGGCACAUAAGCAAGAUGAGACCUGAGAGACAGAAGAAGGAAGGAGAUACUGUGGUCCUGUCAUAAAAAAACAGUGGACAUAUCA